UGAUUGGCCGCGGUUCAGUUAUACAAUGUGGGGAGCCCGAGCAGAUUAUAAAAAUCCUCCGUGGGGAUGUGGGCAUCCCUUGGGGCUGCGGCUGGAGGGCUCGGCCGAGCCACCUUUAGGACUCGCUGCAGGUUUCUGGAGGUGCCGUCAAUGCUAAUGAUACCUAAACGAGCCAUCCUGAUGUUCCAGCUGGAUUACUGAGCGCUUUGGUGAUCCCUGGAGGUGCCGCUGGUUGAAUUAUUGUCCGUGUCAUCCCAGGAGCAUCCUCUGGGUGCUGUAUGCAAGUCCUGGACAUUCUGGAAACGAUGGGGAUCGGGAAGAACACCACGUCCAAAUCCGUGGAGGCGGGAGGCUCAACAGAAGGCAAAUACGAGGAUGAAUCGAAGCAUCCCACCUUUUUCACCCUGCCUGUUGUGAUAAACGGUGGAGCAACAUCCAGCGGCGAUCAGGAUACAGAAGACACGGAGCUGAUGGCCAUCUAUACUACAGAAAAUGGCAUCGCAGAAAAGAGCUCGUUGGCAGAGACGCUGGACAGCAGCGGCAGUUUAGACGCACAGAGAACUGACAUGAUUUACACAAUCGAAGACGUUCCUCCUUGGUACCUCUGCAUAUUUUUGGGCUUACAGCAUUACUUAACGUGCUUCAGCGGAACGAUAGCCGUGCCCUUUUUGCUCGCUGAUGCCAUGUGCGUCGGGUUUGACCAGUGGGCCACCAGCCAGUUGAUCGGGACCAUUUUCUUCUGCGUGGGCAUCACGACGUUGUUACAGACGACUUUUGGGUGCAGGUUACCCUUGUUUCAAGCAAGUGCUUUUGCAUUCUUAGCGCCUGCUAGAGCAAUCCUCUCCCUGGAGAAGUGGAAAUGUAAUAAUACAGAUAUAACAGUUACAAAUGGAACAACAGAGCUGCUGCACACUGAGCACAUCUGGUAUCCCAGAAUACGAGAGAUCCAAGGUGCUAUUAUCAUGUCCUCCCUGAUAGAAGUGGUGAUCGGCUUGCUCGGCCUUCCCGGCGCCCUGUUGAGAUACAUCGGACCUCUGACCAUCACGCCAACCGUCGCUCUCAUCGGCCUCUCCGGUUUCCAAGCCGCUGGAGAAAGAGCCGGCAAACACUGGGGUAUCGCUAUGCUGACUAUUUUCCUGGUAUUGCUGUUUUCUCAGUAUGCCAGAAAUGUCAAAUUUCCCUUACCCAUCUACAAAUCCAAGAAAGGAUGGACAGCGUACAGACUGCAGCUUUUCAAAAUGUUCCCUAUUAUUUUAGCCAUUUUGGUGUCGUGGUUGCUUUGCUUCAUCUUCACGGUGACAGACGUCUUUCCCCCCGACAGUUCCAAGUACGGUUUCUACGCUCGCACAGACGCCCGGCGGGGAGUGCUCUUGGUCGCUCCGUGGUUCAAGGUUCCUUAUCCUUUUCAGUGGGGACUGCCAACAAUUUCAGCCGCCGGGGUGAUAGGAAUGCUCAGCGCCGUUGUUGCCAGCAUUAUCGAAUCAAUAGGAGAUUACUACGCCUGUGCCAGGUUGUCGUGUGCUCCCCCUCCACCUAUUCAUGCCAUAAACAGAGGGAUUUUUAUUGAGGGUCUCUCCUGUGUUCUGGAUGGCGUAUUUGGGACAGGGAACGGAUCCACUUCUUCCAGCCCCAACAUCGGUGUCCUGGGCAUCACGAAGGUGGGAAGCCGGCGGGUGAUUCAGUACGGCGCAGCCUUCAUGCUCCUGCUGGGGAUGGUCGGCAAGUUCAGCGCUCUGUUCGCCUCACUGCCCGAUCCCGUGCUUGGCGCCCUCUUCUGCACUCUCUUCGGGAUGAUUACAGCCGUGGGUCUGUCUAACCUCCAGUUCAUCGAUUUAAAUUCUUCUCGUAACCUGUUUGUACUUGGAUUUUCCAUUUUCUUUGGACUCGUCCUUCCGAGCUAUCUCAAACAAAAUCCACUGGUCACGGGAAUAGCGGGCAUUGAUCAAGUACUAAAUGUUCUCCUCACUACAGCCAUGUUUGUUGGGGGCUGUGUUGCCUUUAUUUUGGAUAAUACCAUUCCAGGAAGCCCUGAAGAAAGGGGAAUACGGAAAUGGAAGAAAGGGGUCGGUAAAGGAAGCAAAUCGCUGGACGGCAUGGAAACUUAUGAUCUGCCUUUUGGCAUGAACUUGAUUAAAAAAUACAGGUGUUUCAGCUUCCUGCCCGUCAGCCCAACAUUUGUGGGUUACACGUGGAAAGGCUUCAGGAAAAGCAGCAACUGCAGGAAUUCAGAUGAAGACUCGGAAGCUACAGUAUAGCCUUAGCUGAAAUUCUCUUAUCUAGUUGUAGUUCAAGAUGUAUUUGCAGUUUCUUGCCGAUUAAGAAGCAUUAAAAUAUAUGUUUUGUAUAUCUGCAUUGAAAUUCUGGAACCAGAGCUGAGACGGAUUUAAAAAAGACAAAGAAAACAAAUAUAGCUUUCCUGUGGGUGCUGGUAGCCAGAUCUAGUGUCUCUGGGUCACGUUUGCUAAUGCUUCUCAGUUCGAUUGUUUUGCAAAAGCUGUAGAUACCGGCGCACCUAAAGCUGUUUCUUUUCAAUGGGGCUUCUGGAAGUGUGGAGGUGCUACUGAAAAAUGGGCUUUCUUUAGGGCGAUUCUUAUUGGAGUCAUCGCCGCUGGGAUUUUUGGCGUGUUCAUUGCUGGCAACGGUGGUUAUGCCAGGAAAAUUGAGUCUGGUGAGAAGGAGAGGAGGGAAAACAAGAAAAAAAGGGAGAAAAAACAUACAUGUAUUCAUGUCAGAUCCUGUAUAUAUUGUUUUCUACUCACUGAUUUGCACAUUCCAUAAUUUCAGCCCCCUGCAGAUCAGGCUUAGUUAAUAGUGGCAAAUCAUGAGAGGAUUCUCUUGAAUUACUGACGGUUCGGUCAGAUGUCCAGUGUUAGGACAGCAAAUUUCUGUAAUAACUUUGCCGAUGGAAACGAUGAGGAACUUCUGAUAGCUCGGUGCUGUCGAAGACACUCAUUUCAUGGCAAUUUAUGUGUUUUAAACAUUUGCUUUUUCUACCGGGCAUUUAACCACCUAAUUAUAGUGUCCAGGUGCAGGUUUUCUUGAGUUUUGCAGAGAUGGGAAACCUUUAAUUUCCAGGUGGGACCUGAUAACACUUUUACAGUUCAAUACCUGUAUCCAGCAAGACAUUCCCUGGAUAAAAACACUCAUUAUUGAGCUGUUCUAAGCAGUGAAAGCCACGUGGUUCAAAACGCCACGCAAAAUCUUGUUGAUCGGAUAUCGAGAGCUGAUGCUGCACCUGAGCAGCUUAUGUUGCGUUGUCUCUUCUCUUUUUUUGGUGGGGUUUCUGCGAAAGCUCGUGAAUGUGGCAGCAAUGUCGAACGGCAGAGACACUACAUUUGACAUCCUCACCCGCCGGAUGGUUUCACGGGUAUUGGGUCCAAAUCAGGGCACCAUUCAGAUAUAUUUUUUUUGGCCUGGAAUAGUCUCAGCUCUGACGUUACAUGGGUGUUCAUGCUCAUCAUGCAUUCAUCAUUAAAAGGUUUCCUCCUGUUUAAUGUUCUUACUAUUGCAAGUUAGUUUUAGACUUCAGUGUGGCCCCAAAAAGCUGUGGAGAUCAUCAGGGAAACGUCAUGUAAUGUCAUUUCAAGGCCAGUAUGCUCUACGGUGCUUGCGUUUUGUACUCCUGGAAAACAAACAACAGCAGAUCCUGUAAUACAUUAAUAUAUUUAUCAAAGUUUGACUACUGGA